AUGACCAGUACGCGAGAUUCUCACUCCUAUGCUGUAAGUAUCCUCGAUGUGCAAGAAGAGAAUGAAAUCGCUAAUAUGGCCAUUGUGCAGUGUGACGAAUGCCGCUUGCGCAAGUCCAAGUGCUCCAAGGAGAAGCCAACUUGUGCGCAAUGUAGGCAGCUGAACAAGGAAUGCAAAUAUAGUCCGAAAAUUACUCGGAGCCCCCUAACGCGACAACACCUAACCUACGUGGAAGACCGUCUACAAGCUUUUGAAACAGCUCUAGGUAGACUCUUCCCAGGCGGUGAUCUGGACGCAACGGUUCGAUCACUUAUGCACGACCAUGAAGGCCCAAAACCAACUCCAUCGUCUAAAUCCUCUUCGAGACAUUCCACUCCUGCUAAAACUGAAGCCGACAGGACGGAACCUGCUCCGGAAGCCCUUCCGCAACAGGCUGAUGGAUUCGAUUGGACUGAAAACAAAAUCACCGUCGGCGAUUUGACGGAUGGCAUGGCAGCUCUAUCUAUCAAGCCGGAGGGUACAGGAUAUUUCGGGGCAUCUUCAAGUGUUGUGCCGCUUCGAGCUCUAUUGAAGCACGGAUUUGACUUGAACUUUCCGGUAGGAUCAGCAAAACCAAACGCUGGCCCGGAAGGAGUACCUUUGAAGUCUCAGCUUCUGAACACCGCGCCAUCUGGUGUGAUUGAACAAGCCUUUAUAGAUGCAUUCUUCUUGAACUACCACCGGAGCUAUCCUUUUGUGCAUGAGGCCACCUUCAGAGCUCAAUUCUAUGAACAAGCAACUCGCCGACAUGGGCAGGCGUGGCAAAUACUCUUGAACACCAUUCUAGCAUUGGGGGCGUGGAGUGUUGGAGACGAUAACUCAGACCUGGAUAUUACUUUCUACCAGGAAGCCAGAGGUCACUUGCAACGAGUGUCAGUAUUCGAAACCGGCAACCUUACUCUCGUUCAGGCAUUGCUGCUUUUGAGUAACUACGCGCAGAAGAGAAACAAGCCGAAUACUGGGUGGAACUUUCUAGGCUUGGCCGUUAGAAUGGCUAUGAGUCUUGGUCUCCACAAGGAAUUCCCAGGCUGGAAAAUAAGUCUUCUUCAGAAAGAGAUGAGGAGAAGAUUGUGGUGGGGAGUCUUUAUCUUUGAUAGCGGUGCUGCGAAGACGUUCGGUCGACCAAUUCUUCUUCCCGAGGAGAGUGUCAUGGACGCAAAGCCUGUUCUCAAUAUCCAGGAUGAUGCCCUGACCGCGUCAACGACAACACUGCCCCCAGAAGUCAACGGUCCAACUAUUUACUCCGGAAUGAUCGCUCAGGCUAGAUUCCAUCUGCUCACAAACAGCGUCUACCAGCGCCUCAUCUCCACGCCGCCUCUUACCCCUGAAGAGACACGAAGUCUCCAAAAACCGUUGGAGGAAUGGUACAACGGUCUUCCCGAUUAUUUCAAGCAGCCAAGCUUUACAUCGGAAUCCGAUCCUUUUGCUUUGGUUCGAAACCGGCUUAUGUGGCGACACUGGAACCUCCGGGUUCUUCUGUAUAGACCAAUCCUCCUUCGCUGGGCUUCAAGGCGAUGGACACCUAGUUCAUCUAAUGAACCGGAAGAUCCUCUUGAAGCCGAAUGUAGAAUGCUGUGUCUUCGAAAUGCGCGGUUGACCAUCUCCUCAAUCAGCGAUUUCAUGAGCAACUAUCUCUGCACGAGAAUAGGAGCAUGGUAUAUGCUCUACUUCUUGUUUCAAGCUGGUGUCAUCCCUAUCAUCUUGCUUAUGACAGACCCUACCAGCACAGAUGCCCCAGCUUGGCUUCAGGACAUCGAAGCUACUAAAAACCUCUUAUUGCAUCCCUCACUGAGUAGUAACCGGCUUGCAGCUCGUUGUCUGCAAGUCAUUAAUCGGCUUUGCUCGCCUGCAUACACCAGUGCUACUGCUGAUAGGCCACCAGGUCAGCCGCCUAUUUUGAUGCAGUUUCCUGACCAGCUGUUUAACGACCCGGCCUUCGGUGCUAUGUUUCCGGAUGUCGACCAGGAACUGAACUUAGGCGGGAUGGACUUUUCUGAUUGGGUCAAUUACACACCACAGGCCGAGUUUCCUUGA